UCUUGGAAGUACGGCGAGAGGCGAGGGACAAGCCUUCCGCGUUUAAGACCAGGGACGCCAGCUGCGCUUGACAACUACCGGUAUUUCUACCGGGGACGCGAAGGCCGUCGUCCCAGGCGCCCGGACUCCGCCUCUCGAAAUGCUACGGUGGCUAAUAGGAGCGGGCCGCGAGCCGCAAGGGUUGGCCGAGAAAUCUGUACAGACUAUUGGUGAAGAGCAAGCUCAGAAUCCAUAUACUGAGCUUCUUGUGCUGAAAGGUCACCAUGAUAUAGUGCGUUUUCUAGUGGCAAUUGAUGACUACAGGUUUGCAUCUGCUGGUGAUGAUGGAAUUGUAUGUCUCUGGAAUGUCCAGACUGGAGAAAAGUUAUUUGAGCUACAUGCACAUACACAAAAAAUCACAGCUCUUGCAGCUUUUCCUUUGUCAGAUACCUGUGAAGAAAAAUGCCAUAUGAUUUUGACAGCAAGUGCUGACAGGACUGUAGUUGUUUGGGAUUGUGACAAUGGCAGACAGAUUCACAGAGUAUCCUGUUUUCAUUCCACCGUAAAGUGUUUGACUGUUCUUCAAAGAAUGGAAGUAUGGCUUUCUGGAGGAAGUGAUUUGUGUGUUUGGAACAGAAAAUUAGAUCUCUUGUGUAAGACAAGUCACCUAACUGAUGCAGAUAUCAGUGCCAUGAUUGAAUUGCCGAAAAACUGUGUGGCAGCAGCUGUUGGCAAAGAAUUGGUAAUUCUAAAAUUGAAAGCUUCCAGAGAUGGAACCGAAUGGGAUGUGUCUGAAAUAAAACGACUUCUUGAUCACCAGGAUAAUAUUGUGUCAUUGGUCAGUGUCAGUGAUUUGAUUUUUGCGAGUGGCUCCCAUGCUGGUGAAAUGAUUGUGUGGAAUUCAUUGGACUGGACAAUGCGAGCGUAUGAAUGCAAUUGGGAUGCAUCUCUUCAUGUGAACCCCCAACAAGAAAUAAAAUUAUCACAAAGUCAAAAUGAAAUGUCAAUUCAGGAUUUAACUUGUGAUGAUGAGUGUGUUUUUGCUGCUGUUGGCAAAGGCAUCUAUGUAUAUAACCUUCAGAUGAAACGUGUGAUUGCAUUCCAGAAGACUGCUCAUGAUUCCACUGUCCUGCAUAUUACCUACGUUCCCAACAGGAAAUUAAUAUCGUGUUCAGAAGAUGGUAGUGUUCGUAUGUGGGAAUUACGUGAAAGACAACAUCUUACAGCUGAACCUGUUCCAUCAGGUUUUUUCAAUAUCUGGGGAUUUGGUAGGACAAGCAAACAAGCAAAUCACACAGCUAAAAAGGCACCAGAGUGUGCUACUGUUUUUUCCCUUGACCUUACUGGGGAUCUGAUUGGACACUCUGCAGCUGUGCAGAUGUUCCUUUAUUUUGGUGAGCACGGCCUAGCGACAUGCUCUGCUGAUCACCUUAUUAUUCUAUGGAAAGAUGGAGAACGAGAGUCAAGAUUGCGCAGCUUAAUAUUAUUUCACAAGUUGGAACAAAUUGAAGAUUUGCACUUAAGGCCUGAGAUGAAGUAAUGUACAAAAUACAAAUAGGCUGUUUAUAUUACAUAUUUAAAAUAACUAUGGGUAAUAAUUUUGUGUUUGUUUUAAAAUGUAUAUUUAAGGGGUGUUUUUUCUUACCGAAUUUGCCAUAAAUUUAGAUGAAUUGCUGACCCAGCACUGUUAGUUUCUACACAGAAACUGAAUGUUGCUACACAGACAGUUCUGUUUAGCCCACAAUGCCUUAAUCAGGGACAUUGCCAAAUUUUGGAUUUUUCACCAGAUAAAUUUCUCUAAGGACAGGUGAAACAAAUGCAAAUCUAUAGUGUGAGUUCAGUCACUAGUUGUUUAGAACUGCAUGGCUGCCCUUUGCCAGAUCCCAGGAAAAGCAAAAUUUCAUUUAAGGAAUGGUAGGCAGCUGGUGUAUGAGUAUCUUACAUGUCCCAAAGCACCUUUUUGACUGAAUCCAGAUUGCUGUACAGCCCUAUUAAACACUAGAUAUUAGAAUGGCAUAUUUUCUUGCCAAGAAAUAGCAUUUGAUGAUAAAUAAUAGAAGCAAUCCAUUGUUGUUUCAUUUUGAAGAUUUUGCUUUGCUCUACUUUAACAUAAUGAAUGUUAGCAUAAUGAAUACACUUAUGGUUUUAUGCCAAAUGUUGAGAUUCUGGCCGGAUAAGCCUUCAGUGAAUUUCUGCGAAACCGUCAGGGGUUAAAUUGAAUGUUGAGGCAGACUUCUAUAGAGAAUUAACCAGAGGUUUAGAAAUAAGUUGCAGAUUUGUACAAAAUAAACCUUUUAGGCAAAGAAUUUCACUGAAUGAUUUGCCAGCUCAAAUAUUUUGAUAAAAUAGUAUAGUCUAUAUUUGUUCUUCAAAGUCUACAAUAUGUAGGACA